UCUACAGCACAGAGAUCCAGCCAUGGCACCUAAAAUCACUUCUGCUAUGAUCUACUCUAAGGAGCACCUGACUCUGACAAACAAGCUAAGAAAGCCAGGGGUGGAGAAGUUACACAGAGAUCGUAUCAACAACAGCAUUGAGCAGCUCAAGUCUCUCCUGGUUCCAGAGAUCCUCAACCAGCAGCCCGACUCCAAGCUGGACAAAGCCAACAUCCUGGAGAUGACAGUUUGCUUCUUUUAUCCCACAAUAGAUUUGAUAUAAUCAGUCUGUUUGUGAUUAUCUAUUACCGAUCUGUUUAAAGGUCAAAAUGUAUAAGACAAAAACCUAUUGCCUCUACAUUUGUGUAGUGAUAUAGUCAUAUUGACAUUGUAUUGUGCAUCUUCUGUGAAGCAUGUAUCAGUUAUAUAUUUGAUAUUGAUCAACUUGAGCUACAGCAUCAAUGUUCCUCCGUGAGGAUUAUUUACCCAAACUGGGUAUUUUACCUGUUAUCAUCACUCUGUGAUUAACAAUAUUAGAUUUGUUGUAACAUCAACCUUUAUUUGUGAAAUGAUCUAUCAUGUUAUUUGAAUAUUAAUUUUAUUGCAAAUGGGAGAAAGAAAUGUCUAAUUGAAAAACCUUGUUUAUUUUAAACAAUUCUGUUGUCUUUUAUAAAGACAGUAACUUUGUAUCCUAUACUCUGAUAGAGUAUCAUGUAUUGGAUAUUUGUUCAAGUUCUUGCUGUGAUGUUUAAUCACUUUAUUUCUCUUGAAAUAUUUACCUUAAAUGAAGGUAUUCAAUGUUUUGGUGGUGUGACUCAUUCAGUCAGU